CAGGUGCAUCAAAGGAGCUUGGAGCCUCCCUGACACGACUCUGCCUUCGACACAAAUCAAUAGAACUCAAGCUCAAGUCCUUCUCAAGUUCAAUAAUGGAAUAUUUGGUGGUCCCUCUUCAAGAUAAGACAGAAGAAUGGAAGAAGGUUACAGUUCAACUUGACAAGGAUCAUGCAAAAGAGUACAAGAAGGCUAGGCAGGAUAUCAAGAAGAAGUCUUCGGACACUAUCAGACUUCAAAAGAAAGCAAGAAAAGGAAAACCCCAUGUGCAAUACCAACUAGACAGCGCCAUGCAGGAUGUCAAUGAUAUGUUCGUCUUGCUUGAGGAAGCAGAGAAGAGUGCUUGCCGUAAUGCCCUCAUCGAGGAGAGAAGUCGAUUCUGCACUUUGGUCGGAUUCCUUAGACCAGUUGUUGAGGAUGAGAUCUCCUUGCUCUCUGAGGUUGUGCAUCUUCAGACCGUCAUGGAGGAUCUGAGCACCCAGAGUAAAGACCCUCACAUUCUACCACCAGCCAGUGAACAGGUCAUCUUAGAUCUGAAGGGUCAAGAUGUCCAGUGGUCAUAUACUCCACCAAGUUCUCCAACCCCAUCAAAUGGCUCCCGCAAGUCCAGCAUGUGCAGCCUGAGUAGCCUGAACAGCUCUGACUCUCGCUCCAGUGGUUCCAUGGCUUCGGCCCACUCCAACCACUCUCAUCCCAGUACCGGAGGUCCCAACGGCUCCUCUCUCCACAGCUACCACCGGCAUCGCAGCCUCUCGCAGCCCAGCAACCCCGCCUGCCGACUCUCCAGCGUCUCAUCCCAGGAUUCCGGUUUCACCUCCCAGGACACGCUCUUCACCAGGCCGGGAUCGCCUCCGUCAUCGUCGACCAGCAGCGGUGGGAGCCAGGCACCCCAGCAGCUCCCUCAUGGUAGAUUAUCAUCCAGCGACCAGUCAUCAAGCGAGGGAAGUACCCCUUCCUCAUCCCCAUCCCCUGCCUACCCCGCCCCACCAUCCUCACAAAUGGCCCCUACCCCACCCUGGUUAGAGAACAAAGUCCCCACAGCCAUCACAUCCACCACGCCUUCUGUGCCAGGUCCCAAGAAGCAGCCAAAGCCGGUACCCACGCCCAUGGUGUCCUUCAUGAAGCCCCCGACAGGCGAGGGCGCCAAACAGACUCCCCUCAAGAACGGCAAGCCCGGAAAACAAGUCCUGCCAGAUUUCAAUAUGACACAGCCCAACCAGAUUGUGCCUCAACCCUUGUCUUCAACUAACGGAACUGACCAACCAACCAAUCACUCUGCUACAAGGAGAGCUUCUCAAGGUUCAGCUCCCCUUGACCUUGAGGCAGUUCUUGCAAGAGGUGCAGCAGAGAGGAAGGUGGAUGCGGACCCAAUCUAUGCCACACCAGGACCGGUCCGGGGUAAGCCCUCUAAGCUGGAUGUGGCUCCUAACAUGACCCCCAUGAGUCAAAGGUCAGCGGGGUCAAGUGGAUACGGCACUCAGGCCAGCUCUCCAAAUACGUCCAGCGACACUGUCAACUCAUCAGAAUACGACCCCUACUCAGUCUGUGACAGCAACGUCAACUAUCCUGACAUAAGUAAAUCUGCAACUCUCCCGCGACAUUUCAAUCCAUCCUCAAUCUUUCAGGCUGUAUCAACAGCUUCAUCAUCGUCAUCGUCUUCUUCGUCCUCGUCGUCAUCCUCCUCCUCCUCUUCAUCGGCGUCAACCUCUCACACCCAGAUGCACCGCCGUCACUCCUCAAUCGGUGCUUUCACCAACAAUGAUAUGUCCAUCCACGGCACUGUACGCCGCAGGAAACCGCCGCCACCAAUCCGCAGGACGCCGUCUGGUAACUCGCUCUCGUUCAGCCUUACGGAAUCCAACAGCGCCCCACAGUUUGAUGAGUCUGGCAAGUUCAAGGUGCCCCCUCCGACGAUGCCAGCUAAAGACACCCCAGCCAAGGUUGCGCGUAGCCAGAGCCUUCGGAUAGGGAUUGAUGAUAAUAUGGCCCAAGCUAUGAGUAGGGUUGCGUUGAAAGAAAGUUUGGAUGCUAAACUGGCAGAGAGACGUAAUUCACCAAGGACUCCACCCAGUGAUCUUGGCAACAAACAACCUGUCUUUACUGUAGGUAGCAAUGGUCAAGAUGGACAAUCACAAUAUGGCAUGUCUACACCUGGUUCCAGGCAUAGCAUCGCACAUCCCCCUUCAUCUUUUCAACAACAGUCGUAUGCUCAGCAGCAACAACAACAGCAAGAACUGCAAUAUCAUCUACAACUCCAACAGCAGAAGCAUCAACAGCAACUUCAGCAGCAACAUAAGCAACUCCAGCUACAACAACAGCCACAGUAUCAACAACAACAAAAUCAGCAGCAAGUACAGUCCCAGCCACAGCAACAAUAUAUGCAGUACCAGUACGAACAACAGCAACAGCAGCAGCAGCAAUCAUACCAACCACAGGCUCAACAAAAUCACUAUCAGACUCUGCCCCCGCAACCCAAGACUCCGCAGCAGUCACAGCAGUACCCUCCCCCACAAGGGUAUGGUUACACCACACCAGACGGUAAAUGUAUACCCCAACCCCCAUCUUUCAACCCCCCUACUCCACCAGCAGAGGGCAGCCCUCUCCCCCCUCCUCCAAUGUCCAUGUUGACUCCGCCAUCCCACCAGCAGCAGCAACCAGCUCCGGUAGAGAGCGAAUCAGAGGAGGAGGAAGAGACGGGGGUCGGGGCGAUGGCUGAGAUCAGACGGGGAGUCAAGCUGAGGAAAACCACCGCAGUGAAUGACCGCUCGGCACCGAGGUUAACGUCCCCUUGA